UUCUUCAAAUCAUUUACACAUAACAAUAUUGAUGUCAUGUCAUUUGCUGAAAUUAAUAUUACAAAUAAAACUUUGACCAUAAUAUUAGUGACAUUUUAAAUUCUGAUUCUGUACAAAAAUGUAUUUAUGAAAUGGUGAUCAAAUGUUUUAAAAGGAAAUAAGAAAGACAAAAAAAAAACUGUUUUCUACGUGCUUAAUGAGUGUUAGAUGCGAUAUCCCAGGGAAUGUGGAAACGUUAUCAGAAAUACGCCGUAGAAGCAAACUAUUUAUUGAAUCGUUUCAAUAGACACUGGUAGUUCUGUAUUAGGUUCCUAGAAGUUAACAGUGUUAAUAUGUAAAUUAGUCACAACUGAUUCCUGUUAACACAAGAAGAUAGAAUUAUACAAGGACUAUAACAUACUAAUAAAAGGAUAAAAGUACUGUAACGACAGAACAUCACACCAUGGAGAACAGCACAGACAAAUCUUAUCCUGUAAUUGAUAUAGACGAUGUUUGUAUAUCUGAGAUCGGUCCUUGGGAGAGCUUUCUACUCAUUAUGUACAGUGUUGUUCUAAUUGUGGCUAUAUUUGGAAACGGCGUUGUGUGCUACCUUAUAAUUAACGAUCACAGAAUGCGCAGUGUUACCAAUUUAUUUCUUUUAAAUCUUGCCUUUAGCGAUAUAAUCAAAGCAUUAAUGUUGCCCAUAACAAUCAUGGCAAAUCUGAUAUUUCAUUAUUGGCCGUUCGGAUCAUUCACAUGCCCACUAGGAACUUAUAUUCAAGUUGUAGCUGUAUUUUCGAGUGCUUUUACAAUGCUAGCGAUGAGUAUUGACAGAUACAUAGCUAUUUUACAUCCGCUUAGACCAAAAAUAACCAAUAAAGGUGUGGUAUUAGUACUGAUAUGUGUAUGGAUUAUGUCUGCCGCUGUGCCUUUACCGACUGCCAUAACAUCUAAAAUUUUAUAUUCUAACGACACAGAUCAAUGUCCUAAAGGCCAGUGUAUUGAGGUUUUUACAGGAGAUAUGAACAGAUCUGUAUAUAGUCUGGUUAUCUUGCUGCUUCAGUAUUUUAUUCCAUUAAUGGCCCUAGCUUGUACCUACAGUAGAAUAGGUUACAUUAUAUGGAUAAAAAAAACUCCGGGUGAAGCUGUUCCGAUGAGAGAUGAACGAUUGGCGAAUUCGAAGAGAAAGAUGGUAAAGAUGAUGAUAAUUGUGGUUCUUGUUUACGGAAUGUGUUGGCUACCGAUUCAUAUUGUAACAUUAGUUGGAGACUAUGAUCCUAGGCUUUACGAGCAGGAAUACACAAAAUUGAUAUGGAAUACCUCAUUUUGGCUUGCGAUGAGCCAUGCCUGUUACAACCCGUUUGUAUAUGUCUGGAUGAAUAAAACAUUUCGAAGAGGAUUUUAUAAAAUAUUUGCUACAUGUUGUUGCAAGAAAACUAGAAGAACGAACUCUCUUCAGGAGGAGCAUACGAUGACAAUGACAUUGAGCACUAGAAAUGGACAUUCGGGGUCGCAGUCAGGAUCUAAUUCUGUGUGAAUUAUUGCUAAUAUUUGGUGUUCCAAAUUUCAUUUAGUGCUAUUAAACAGUGAUAUGUCUAUCUUAACUGAUGGUUUAGAUGCAACAGUCGUUCGUUAUUUAUAAAGUUCAUAUUCCGAAAGUUGAUUGACAAAAUUGUUACGAACACUCUUUGACCAGUGAUUGUAAGAUCGUUUCAUUGUUAGUUAAACACAUACAGGGUCAAUAUGUAAAUCUUUGUCAACACCAUAAAGGCAAUGCGAGUUGGUCAAAAUUCAUAUGUUGAAAAUGCUUUUAAGGUAGAUAGGGUGUCUUCCUCCAUCUUGGAUUUUGAAAUACAAGAAAACAAUCGGUCUAGAUCUUUAGUAAAAGGUGCAAAUUUUGAGAGUAGUAGGUAAUUCAUGUGUAAGAAUUUUCAUUUCAAUAGAGAAAAUGACAUAUUUUAUCAUAUUUAUGGUUGUAUUUUACAGAAAAACAGAAUACUUUUGUUUGAUUCUAUUUUUUCCAACUUUGCCACAUAAGGGGAGGCAACUCAAAUGUAAGGGCAGAUAAUUCAGAUAAAGUUACUUUUACGAUAGAAUGUGUUAGGAAUUUACUUAUUUUAUUAUGUAGCAAGAAAACGGGUCCCGUGACCCCAUUUUUCUUUUUCUUAUUUGAAAGCAUACUAUUAGAGCUAUCUUCUCAUAUUUUAUCUCAAAAUCCUAUGGUGUAGUUUUCGUUUUAUGGCAGAAAAUUGGGUUUUCCAUGCAUAAUCUAUACAAAAUCUGUCAAUUUUGCACAACCUGUAGCGUGAAAAUAAGCCCCGUUACCCAUUCUUUUUAUUUUUUUUUUAAAAGCAUGAUAUAAACUACAUUUUGGCAAAUUAUUAAAAAAUUCUAUGGAUUAUAAUUUAGACACCCCAUCUACCUUAAUAGCUAAAUUUAUUCAGAUUAUUGCAGACCAUUUCUGACAUUUGUUCAUCUGUAAAUGUAGGUUUAGCUUUUAUUGUUGUUAUAAUGUACCGAACGGUGACAUACUGUAAAAUUGUCACGAGAAGGCAUUGAUAGAUUUAAAAAAUACAACUUAGGAUUUUAAACAAUGCUAAAUUAAAACAUUUAUAAUAUUAAGUUGAUUGAUAUUUUGUUUUAUUAUUGUUUGCUUAACGUUCAGUAGCAAACCGUUCAUACAUAUUCAGAACGAGAUCCUAUUAUACAAUAAACAUAUUAGUUAAGUUCUGAUAUGAAAGUUGUUGACACUCUGUAGAAGGUUAGUGGGAAAUAACUUUGUCAUUUUGAAACAUGCUACCUAAAUUCCGAAUUAGUUUCAGGUAGACAACGAUUUACAAGAAUGUACAGUGCUUUACAGGUUAUAGAAUUCAAAAGUAAAACCAAUAAAAUAAUCUUUUAUUAAAUGUAUUAGUAAGCGUAAAAUAACAAUGUACUUGAAUUGUCUAGCGGUUUAUUAAUAAACACAUUGGCGAAUGUAAAUCGUUGCACAAAAAUAAAG